AUGACUCCAGCCGUUACAAAACGCACUUCUCGUACCUUCAAUGGCGAACCCACGCCGGUCGCUGAGAAGGCAGACAAUCUCGACAAUAGGUGGAUCGUGAAGGAGCGAUCGAUCGACGAAAGCCGCCCACUUAGGGUAGUUAUCAUCGGUGCAGGUAUCUCGGGAAUCAUGGCGUGUAUUCGCUUUGUGCAGAGAAUUCCUAAUCUGGAACUGUGCAUUUAUGACAAGAAUGCGGAUGUUGGAGGCACUUGGUUUGAGAACCGCUAUCCAGGCUGCGCUUGUGAUAUCCCGGCCCAUACUUACCAGGCUACCUUUGAGCCAAACAAAGAAUGGUCACAGUUUUAUGCGAGCGCACCCGAAAUCCACAGGUACUGGAAACGCGUUGCCCUAAAGUACGGGUGCUUGAAGUAUAUGAAGCUUAAGCAGAAGGUUUCCGAGGCGAUCUGGGAUGAUGGGCUGUCCAAAUGGUGCUUGAAGGUUCAAGAUGGCCAGCGCGUUGCUGUUAUCGGCAACGGGUCGAGUGGAAUUCAGAUCGUGCCUGCAGUGUUGCCCGACGUGACGCAUAUCGACCAUUAUGUUCGCAGUCGGACAUGGAUUUCGCCAUCCUUUGCGCGAGACCAAAUCGAUCGGCGUGGCAAGAAACUAGAUAAUAUUUCAUUUACUCCCGAGGAGCUCGAGAGCUUCAAGAAAGACCAUCAAGUGUACCAGAAAUUCCGUAAAGAGGUCGAGUUGCAACUACAGUCAAUCCACGGAGCCACCUUGACAGGCUCCGAAAUGCAGGUCGAAGGGCAACAGGUAUUCGCUGAGAAUAUGAAGGCACGCUUGGCCAACAAACCAGAGCUCUUUGACGAGCUUCUCCCUUCGUUCCCGCCUGCUUGUCGUCGUCUGACCCCCGGGCCGGGGUAUCUGGAGGCAUUGACUGAUCCCAAGGUGGAUUUGAUCAAAUCAGAGAUUGUCAAGGUUGACGAGACGGGCAUCGUCACAGCCGACGGACAACACCGACCUGUUGAUAUGCUCGUCUGCGCCACUGGGUUUGACACAUCAUCAACGCCUCGAUUUCCUAUUAUCGGAUCUGGAGGAGUGUCACUGGCGGAGAAGUGGAAGGACACCCCAGAGAACUACUUGUCUGUGACAACUGACGGGUUCCCCAAUUUCUUCAUCUGUCUUGGACCUAACUCCGGUCUGGGCGAAGGCAACCUCCUCCUUCUUAUUGAAAAGUCAAUUGACUACUUCACGGAAUGCAUGCAAAAAAUGCAGCGCGACAACAUCCGCUCGAUGACCGUGCGCCGCGACGCUGUUAGGCGGUUCACCAAGUAUUGUGACCAGUAUUUCUCCCUCACGGUGUUCAGCAGCAAGUGCCGCAGCUGGUACAAAGGCGGCACCGAGGAGGGACGAAUCGUUGCACUUUGGCCGGGUUCCUCGUUGCAUGCUAUGAAGGCAUUUGCCAAUCCGCGCUGGGAAGACUUUGAGUAUGAGUAUGUCGACGACAACCCUACAGGCUGGCUGGGCGAUGGGUGGACGGAGAACGAGAAGUACAACCGCAUCAACGUGGACUACCUGGACGACGAUCAAAUCGACUUCCCCCGCCGGCGUCGGACUUUACACUCCCUGUCUAGAUAG